AUGGAAACGUUAUCAAAAGAAAAUUCCAAUCAAAGUAUUAUUACUAAUGGUGGUAAUGAUAAUGAUAAAUCCGCAGAUGGGAUGGAUUCCAAUAUGUCUAGACCGAUUAGUAUGGAGUAUGAACAUAAAGAUUCAGAGUCUGAUGAUGGUGCCUUUGCUCUAAGACCAAGCUUUAAACAAAAGUUUAGAGCUCCUGUGGCAAAACAAAUUAUACAAUCAGUUGUUCAAGAACGAUUAAAUAAUGCACUUUAUAAUAAGGAUCAAGCUCCUGGUUGGGCACAUGAAAUAUCCCAAGAAAUUAAAAAAAGAUUAUUAGAAAUGGAUUUACGAAAAUAUAAAUAUGUAAUAAAUGUUAUAAUCAUGGAAAAUAAAAAAGAAGGUGCAAGGGUUGAAAUGGGUUGUGUAUGGGACACUGACACCGAUAAUGUAGCAUUUGAAACUUUUAGAAAUGAUGAUUCACAUGGGUUAAGCAACUCCAGAAGUUGUAAAGACUCAACAAAGUAUCCUGAAUAUUCUGGAUGGAAAUCUGCAACAAGAUGA